GAAUCUUGGGUUCCACAGCCCCCCAACAACAACAACAAAAAAAACCCAAACUUCCUAUUUUCACUACAUCACCUUGAUCUUCAUUCUCUAACAAGCUGCAAUCUUUCUUUGCUAAAAGAAUCAAAAUUUCGGUGAAAUGAUGUUAAAACUCCUCCUUUCAUUAUCUUCAAUAGCUUUCUUCUUCAUUCUCGUACUUGUCUUCUUCUUUUACCAAAAGAGGGCAGCGACAAAUGAUCAGCUGGAUGACAUUGAAAGCAAAGGGCAGAAGCAUGAUGAAGAAGAAGAUGAUGGGUCAGAAAUGGAGGACGUGAUCACUUUCAACGGUGGAGAAGACCUCACCAUAUGUGACAUUCUCGAUGCUCCCGGUGAAGUGAUUGGCAAAUCCAACUAUGGGACCGUGUAUAAGGCCUUGUUGCAGAGGAGUAACGUGGUGAGAUUGCUUCGGUUCUUGAGGCCUGUGUGUGCCUUGAGAGGUGAAGAGUUUGGUGAUGUGGUUCAGAUGUUGGGGUGCAUUAGACAUCCCAAUUUGGUGCCUCUUUUGGGAUUUUAUGCUGGGCCUAGAGGAGAGAAGCUUCUUGUUCAACCUUUUUAUUGGCAUGGCAAUUUGGCUCAGUUAAUCAGAGAUGGGAAUGUGGAAUCUCAUAGAUGGGCAGUGGUUUACAAGAUUUCCAUUGGUAUGGCUAGAGGGUUAGAUCAUCUACAUACAGGAUUGCAAAAGCCAAUAGUCCAUGGAAACCUUAAGUCUAAGAACGUACUUUUGGAUCGAAAUUAUCUGCCCUCUCUCUCAGAUUUCGGCAUACACCUACUCUUGAAUCCUACCUCUGGUCAAGAAAUACUUGAAGCUUCAGCAGCUGAGGGCUAUAAAGCUCCUGAGCUCAUCAAAAUGAGGGAUGCAAGUCCGGAGACUGAUAUAUACAGUCUUGGGGUGAUCUUUCUUGAACUACUUUCGGGGAAAGAACCGAUAAAUGAAAAGCCAACACCUGAUGAGGAUUUUUAUCUGCCAAACUUCAUGCGGAAUGCAGUUCUUGAUCAUAGAAUCAGCGAUCUGUAUCAUCCAGACCUACUUCUGAGGAACAACAAUGAUAAGGGAAAUCCGGUUACUGAAGAAUCCAUUCUUAAAUUCUUUCAGCUUGCCAUGACUUGUUGUUCUCCUUCUCCUACUCUUAGACCGAAUAGCAGACGAGUGCUCAUGAUGCUCGAAGAAAUCGGGAAGUAGGAACUGGUAGUAGUUCAUUCUUCAUUGGUCUUGGUCGGAGUUUCUAAAUUUACAUUUUGUUAAUCACCUUUGACGGUCAUGGUAAUAAUGUUAACAACAAAAACAAUGAUUUAUACCGGAAUAGCAAGAGUAGGGUAAUCUUUUGAAGCUAAAAAGAUAGAACAUUGUGUUGAUACUUGUGGAGAAAGUGCCUUCUCUCAGGGUGCUCCCCGGAACCUAGAGUGGUGAUCUUUCAAGCAUCCGACUGAAGGUCAUAGAAUUUGUGAUUGGUAUCUGAUCUAAUUCAGUUACGAGACACGAAGGCAUGUAAUACGAAAGAUGUUUCAUCUUGAUGAAGUGACCAACCGAAUACCAGAAUACUUAUGAGCUACAACCAUAGGUGAUUUCUGGUCAUUCAUUGCGGGUUAGUUUCCACCCAUUUCCAAGAAUUCGUGAUUGUUUGGUGGGUUGUUGUUCAUUCUGUACUUUCUUGAACAGCAACACCAUUGUCAUUGUUAUAGUUGACUAAAUUUCUCCUUUUUUUUGUAAGAAAAAAGAAUCUUGCUCUGAAUGAACUCAAAUAUUAUCAAA